UCAAACGCUCAGCCAGCUGGUCGCUGUGUGUCGGUGGAGUUCAGUGUGUUACCGUCGAUGACCCCCAAUCUCUGCCGAUGUCGGUUGUGGUGAAUGGCACAAGUCAGGAAGCUGUCGUCUCGUGGAAUACUAAACUUAGUCCUAACAUGAUCAUUGACUUGUUUCACUAGAAUACGUAACGCCCCUGUGGACGAAGACGGGACAUAUUGUGAUUCUGAUGGGUUUGGUGGAUUUCAAACUUUGAAACCAUGAUAGGUUUUGAUCGUAAAAAACUCCCUCAACUUUGAUAGAUCGUUAAUUACAGAUGUAGCUUUUAGGUUUUGUCGUCAGCGCUUUUAACAUAAUCUUGACUAUCAAAACUGAACGGUGGCUGUUAUUUAACGAGUGUGGACCAGUUGGAGUGCAUCAGUUCCGCUCAAUGGUUUUUGGCUGAGGAUUAUCGGUGGACAUGUUCAUGGUUCUUCGUAUGGAGUCACAUUCUGAGGUUUUUGGAUCCGUAGAACUUAUGAAAAGGUAAAGAAACGGUUGCCCAAUACAACCAACGUCUAACGAUCUAUGAGCGUGUCCCCCGGGCAGCUAAACCAUGGGGUGCGGCAGGAUGCGAUCCCUCCUCUGCCUCACCGUGGGGAUACUGCACCUCCAGCUCGUCGCCUCCACACCAUCCGCUGUGGACCGACUCCGAGAGGCAAAGCAGGCCCUGGAGUAUGUCAGCAGGGUGGAGUCCAGCAAGUGUGGGGGUGGGACGGAGGAGACGCUCACCCUCGCGUUUAACCACACUGCCUGGAUUACCUACACCGACCCCGCUAUAAGGACAGCCAACUACUUAAGCAAGGUCCUUGUGAUGGAUGAUAAUACGCUGAACCGCUUCGAUGACGCCAUGUUCUACUCGUUUGUACGCAACAAUGUCCACGGUGAUUCGCUCAUCUUCGGUUCCGCCAUUGCACUGGAACCCGGGGUUUAUGAUAAAUAUGCUCGCUACUGUCCGUAUGCUCACAAGAAACAGGACUCAGUCGUUGCCUUCGACAUCGCCGUCCAUUACAACUACCUCGACAACAGCACAGAAUGGUACCACGGUGUCAGAGUUAAGGAUUUCUCCAACGCUUCCGUCCACAUCGACACCGUUACUUUCAAUUUCUCCGAUCCCUCCCAAAAAGAAGUGCCUAUUCGCCAACCAGUUGCCAAGUAUGAAGACGGACGCUGGACGUACCCGUAUUAUGAUUGUGGUGGUGGCGAUAUCUGGAUGGUUACAUAUUCUGCACCGAUAUUCGCAGUAGACUCUACCAACGCCACAGUCUUCAAAGGAGUGGCCACAAUCGACAUCGAACUCACCAACAUCGACAUUAACCAGUGUGACGCCAGUGAUCACGAUAGGUCUGGAGCCCUGGACGUUUUCCGUGGUACCCACAACUGCCAACCCACCACACAGUGCAAGCCUCUGAUUGGUGAAGGUUUUCGCCGUGGAGCAUAUGAGUGUGCUUGUGAAGACGGUUACUAUUUUCCUAACACCUCGUCGGCAUCAAGUGCCUACAGUGGCUACGACAUUGAAUCCUUCAUUGACCUCAACAACGAAUCCAGCAUCACGCCACGCUUCCAAUGCCUGCUUUGCCCCCGGGGAUGUGAGACGUGCGUGGACGCCACCCCCUGCCUCUACCCUACAGCGUCCCGCUCAGGGUGUGUCGUCGCCAUUGUUAUUCACAAGAAUAGGAACGAAAUGGUUAUCAAAACAGCCAGUCCUUUGUUUCUUCACCUCAUGUGCCUCGGUGCUGUCAUCAUGUGCUGCCAUGGGUUUGUGCUGUACAGGGAGCCGAGUGAUGUCAGCUGUACUAUAGAGAUCUGGCCAUUCCACUGCGGCUUCAGCAUCAUGUACGGAGCCCUUAUACUGAAGACAUGGAGAAUCUCCGUGAUUUUCAGCGUGGGUUCAGUGAAGCGAAUCAGCCUGCCCGACAAAUCCUUGCUACAUCGUCUUGUGCCUAUUGUCGUGGUCGUCGUGGUGUAUUUGUCGUGCUGGACGGCAAUAGAGCCGCCACGGGCCGUCACUAUCACCGCCUCCAACUCACUCAAGUUCUUUCAUUGUGGGCCUACAUGGUGGAUGUUUGCCAUAUAUGGAGCUGAGGCGCUCCUGUUGUUGUUCGGGGUGUACCUGUGUUUCACGGUCAGGAAGGCACCUGCUCACUUCAACGAAAGCAAACACAUCACGUGGUCUACGUACAACGCCAUCAUCCUCGGCAGCUUCAUCCUCAUUCUCAAUCAGUUCAUCGCGGUGUCGGCAGGCCCGGACAUCGUGUACCUCCUUCUGAUGGCCAAGCUGCAGGCUCUCGUCACCAUCACAAUGACGCUUAUCUUCGCCCCAAAAUUCUGGGCUCUGUACAGAGGUAUCGACCUUCAAGAGGGGACAAAUACGGGGGUUCCGCAAGCAACGACCAUCACGGGGAGGGUGAAGAUGUCUGUCCCCACUGUCAGCCAGAUGCAGACGGAGAGACGCAGUGUCGGUGUCCAGGUCAUGCCAGACGACGUCUACAUCGGCAUUGAAGAAUCCUCACAGUCCAAAAAGAGUGUCAAUGGAUCAAAGAAAUCUGCGAAGGUAGUUCCCUUGUAACAGUCGGAGGUCGUGUUUGAAUCAACAUCCUUGACAACACACAAUCAUUGGAUCGGUCAAGGUCGUCACAGGUUGUGGUCAGAUAUCACGACAUUCCCCUGAUAACCUCGAUAAACACCGUCAAACACAUCACCUCUAGCCUGUCCGCGGACCCUGGCAAUAUCGGUGUAUUCCCAUACUGCCUACAGUUCCAAACUGCCUACAGGUUAAAACAACAUGAUACGGUCCAGUGAUCAGGAAGUGAAUACACCGCU